GCCUCAACCUGUGGACCUGUGAAGAGGACAGAGGCAGUAAGGGAGGAGUAGCUAUCAACAUAAUUACAACACAGAACAGGCAACUAUCUCCAGACUAACCAAACCACAGAGACAAAACCUGCUCCGUCGACUGUGCCUCAGUGUGAAACAGCCUGCUUAACUCCUGUUAUAUAUAGCUAUUUGUAGGUGGCGUUGGGUUUAAACCGCACGUUUAAUGGCAUUUUGGAAGUCUCCGCGACUUUCUUCGGGCAGAAGAGGAGACAUUACGGCGCGGGUUAGCUAACGUUAGCUAGCUAACAAGGGUUUACUGAUAUGGCUGUCUGAGAAAGUGACAAGAUCUCUUCAUGGAUCACAGAGGACAACAAAGAAGAAACACUGCAUUUCUGAGCACAGCCUGUAAUCACAGAAUCUGACCCACAAGCUUUUCAUUAAAUUGACUUUAGUGCAUGUGGCCUCUUCAGUUGUUCGUUGGCAUCUGUGGGGGAGCACAAAGGCCUAUCACUAUGCACUAUAAACGGAGAGACACAAGCUGUGGGGAUGCAGGGAGGAGCAGGCUUCUUCCGGGCAGGACUAUCCCCCUGGUAGUGGGGCUUCUGGUGGCCGUGGCUCAGGGCACUGUGCCAGGAGGGCAGCAGCAGACCCUGGCAGAGAUGAUAUCUGUGGAACUGGAGGCUUCCAUGCAGUCCUCUGUGCUCUCUGAGCUUCAGGCUGCAGCAUCUGCAGUUAGCCAGGGACCGCCUUCAGCUAUCCCAGAUUCCUCUGCAGUGACAGGGGGUGUGCACACUGGCAUCCCUGACUCCUCAGCAAUUGUGGGGCAGGUGUUUCAGCUGAGGGUUCCACCAGGACCAACCAAUGGAAGCUGUAAUGUCCAUCUCAGCGAAAUGGGAAAGGACACCUUACCCUCCUGGCUACAUUGGGACCAAGAAGAUUGCAUUCUCAGAGGCCUGGCCCUGGAGCAGGACAAAGGUGUGCAUCAUAUCUUGGUAUCUGGAGAAGAAACAAUUGGGAAUACUGGCAGCCAAGUGUCUCCCAGCACUGUCUUCUCUAUUGAGGUGUACCCGGAAGAACGGGCAGACACUGAACCAGCCCUGCUGGCUCUCCAGUCUGACGUCAGUGGCCUCCAGCCCUUCACUUGUGGCACUGAGGAGCCUGUCACUGUCCUCACUGUCAUCUUGGAUGCUGACCUGACAAAGAUGGUUGCUGAACAGAGGGUCAACCUACUGGGCAUUAUGAGAAAAUUCUCACAUGUGCCCCUCGAGCACAUGCGGGUGGUCCCUGUUGUCAACAACCGUCUGUUUGACAUGUCUGCCUUCAUGGCAGGUCCAGGGAAUGCCAAGAAGGUGGUGGAGAAUGGUGCCCUGCUGUCAUGGAAACUUGGUUGUGCCCUUGACCAGAGCAGUAUUCCUGACAUUAGCAGUGUCCAAUCCCCAGCAAAGGAUGGGACCAUGUCAGCCAGGUUAGGGUACCCAGUGGUUGGCUGGCACAUUGUCAACAAAAAACCCCAUGGGGUGAAACGGGUUAGAAGGCAGUUAUACAAUACUCCUACUCCAGUGCCCUCUUUGCUUCCUCCAACCACUCACCCUGAGCCUCCUGUGCGUGUUGUUCCCACCCCGACAUCUCCCUCUAUUGCCCCAGCAACAGACAAUUCUGCUCCACCUGUCCGGGGCCCUUUGCCUCUGCCAGUGAAGCCUACAAUCAGAGUCAGAGAUCAGAUAGCCCAUACACCUGUGCUGGGACCUCCCCAGCCAACCAGGGUGCUAGGAACAACAAGCACCAUCCCUAUCCAACCUACCAUGACUCGGCCUACAUUUGUGGAGGCCACUGCUUCACCAACACCACCAAGCACCACCAAAAGGCCCAAGACUUCUGCCACAAAGAAACCUAAGAAAGUCAAAACUUCCACUCCAGCUCCCCGGGAACCCAAGACCACCACAGCUAAACCACCUAGACGCACGACGCCUCUGUCUUUGGCUCCAGAGUACAAUCAAAACCCAGAGAUAAGAAACCCCAUUGAUGAAGUGACUGCAUGGGUUGGCACCUACUUUGAGGUUAAAAUUCCUCCUGAUGCAUUCUAUGACAAAGAAGAUGGCACUACUGAUAAGCUGCGUCUGACUUUGAAGAAGACACCCAAAGAAGCAGUGAAUGAAACCUCUUGGAUCCAGUUCAACAGCACAAUCCAGCUCUUGUAUGGUCUUCCAGAGGAGCAGCAUGAGGGUAAACAUGAGUACUUCAUGCUGGCCACUGAUAAGGGUGGCAGGAGCAUUAUGGAUGCUUUUGAGGUUCGGGUCAACCGUUGGUCCGCUAAUGACAAACCAUCAGUUGUGUUUGCUGCACGUUUUCAUGGUGAUCCUAAAACUCUGACCAAUGAUGUCCAUAAGAAGAUUCUCCUAACAAAAAAGUUGGCCUAUGCCCUUGGUGAUCGCAACAGCAGCACAGUGACCCUGAGAAGCAUCACCAAGGGCUCAAUUGUGGUGGAAUGGACUAAUAACAGUCUCCAGCAGAAUCCAUGUCCAAAGGACCAGAUCAGUGUUCUUAGCAACAAGAUCUCUGAUCACCAGGGCACACCUAAACUGGCCUUCAUCAAAGCCAUGGAACCUGAGUUCAAACCCAUUAACAUCUCUGUUCGUGGCACCAACAAAUGUCAGAGUUACACAUUUAUUCCACCAGGUGAAGUGCCAAUGCCUGUUCUCCCUACAGCUACACCUUCACCAGGCACUGGUCGUAGGAGCAGUGACGAUGUUUAUUUACACACUGUCAUCCCAGCUGUGGUGGUGGCAGCCCUGCUGUUAAUAGCAGGGGUCAUUGCUAUGGUCUGCUAUCGUAAAAAGCGCAAGGGUAAGAUGACCAUUGAAGAGCAGGCCACUUUCAUCAAGAAAGGAGUCCCAAUUAUCUUUGCAGAUGAGUUGGAUGACUCCAAGUCCCCCCCGUCCUCCAGCAUUCCUCUUAUCCUGCAGGAGGAAAAACCCCCACUGCCUCCUCCCGAGUACCCCAACAUGGCUGGCCCCCACAGUACCCUGCUCAAUCAAGAUCUGCUGGAGGAGUAUUCCAUCUAUCAAGAUGAGGAUCCUAACGCCCCUCCCUACCAGCCCCCACCACCAUUCACUGUCCCCAUAGAGGGCAAAGGCUCUCGCCCCAAGAACAUGACCGCAUACAGGUCGCCACCUCCCUACGUGCCUCCCUAAUGCAUAGAGGGGCUUUCAGUGUGGGAGGCAGGUGCAAUGUAGGGAUGCUUGUUUGUACGAAAACUACUACAGGAGUAAUUUUACACGUGUUCAAUGAAAUGGCUUUGACUUUGUAGAGGAGCAGGCAACCAUACCCAUAUAUUUGACCAUCAUGGAUAAGAUACUAUAUCAAACAAUUCUACUAGUGGCACAGGGCAACUGGAUGGGGAACAGUUUGUAAUUCCAGCACUCUUUUUUUGUCGUCCUUCAGAUCUGCUUUCGACUUAUAGCAUAAUCUUUUUCUUUCUUUUUUUUUUAUCUGUUUUUUGCCAAGAAGAGUCAAUUUUAUCUUCAAUGAUGUACUGUUUCUAUUGUAUAGAAAAUAUUAAAGAGGCAGGAAAGACUGCAGCCCACAGGGCCUUGGAGCAAAAUGUCACCAUGACAACAGACUUGAGGCUCUCCCUCACAAUGUUAAUCUUUGUACGAGUUCAAUAUCACUCUUAUCUGUCUCUGGGCCAGGUUUACUAAGAUUUUGCACCUGUUAUUUCUAGAGGGGAAUUAAAUACAAAAAGCCAAACUGAAAGCAUGAAACCUUUUAUUUACCCAUACAUUUAAGUUUGUUUCUUAGUCUUUGAUCUGUCCGUGUUUUUUUUCUUAUGCUUUGCUCCCUCUUGACAAUAACAUGCGAACCUUGCACUUAUGCAAAUUCUUACUAAACCUCGCACUAUGCGUCUUGCAGAAAUGAACAUUGUAACUGGUAGUCCAAUAAGGAGGAUGAUUUCUUUUUGUUUUCUUUAACUUACCACAUGAUUGAGAUUUCCUCUGUUACUUGAUCAAAAAGGACAGCAUUACACUGAUCAUGCCUGUUGUAGAUGUAGCCUAAUUAAGUUACAAAACAAAUAAUGACAUUUUUUUAUGUGUGUGCCACUGAUCCUGCCUGUGAGAUGAGAUGACUGGUUUUGUUGUUGCCUAGAUGAUGUCUGUGGUUAAACAUUGUGGGGUUACAACCACAAUAAUGCAGGGGUCAAUGGGAUGCUGUGAUUCACAGCAAGGAAAGAGUUGGUGACGUAAACAAUCUACUGUCUUACAUUCAAUUGGUUUUGUUAGUAUGAGGGGUCUGGGGGCAUACAGUACUGUAAUAUCACUACUCUGCCUCUAGCUGCUGCACUGUACAUUUAAUGUGCUGCCUGUUAUCAGUUCAGAUGAGGCAUGGGGAGAAGAGUAUGUACAUAAUGGUGUGCCUGUGAAUUGAACUCCAUAAAGUUAGUGUUUUAUCAGUAGAAUUAGUUGGGGAAGGGAAGAGCAGGGGGAAAUCAUUUUAUUUUUUAAUUGUCUGUCUAGAUUUAUGAUCACACAAUCAUGAAAAUGACUUUAUAGGUUGUGGGGGUUCAAAAAAGUUUACUUGCCCAUCACAGAAAAUAAUGCAUUAUGCUAAGAAAAUGAUGGGGAAAGAAGAAACCACAACAAUGUACGUGAAUUAUGUACAUUUCAUAUCUGAUAUCACCAUAAGAAAAAAAUGGUUAAAAAUCUAAUGUUUUUACUGAGUUUUUGAUACAGUCUUAAAUUGUUUUAUGAAAAUAUAUUAAUAAAGAUGUACUACUAUUUGUAAAGCCUCAAA